GUUUUAAGAAUCAGAAAACCCCUAAGUGACAUCACUCAAAAUUGGUCUGAUUUCGAAAAAAUAACUUGUAGAAGAUUAGUUCUUUUUGAUUGGUAUGCAUCUCAAACAGAUUUAAACGUUUCUUUUAAGCCAAUUGAAAUCAAUGAAUUUCCCAGAUAUGAACAAGGUUCUCCAAUAAUUUCUUGUAUAUAUUGGGAUUUCAAAAAAGAAUACUAUGUUACAUCUGUUGAUAUUAUUUACUUAUUAGAAAGAUUGAGUGGCAUAAAUUCAUUUGAUAUGAAAGAAAAAAAUAGAAUAAGAAGAAAUCUACAAACUUUAGAGAGUUUAACAAUCGGUAAACCGAAAAAUUUUAACAAAAAUAAUUUAAAUCCAUAUGAAUUGGAUAAAUUUUUCAAAUUAAUUAUGUCUUUUAAUUCACCAAAACCAAGAAACAUUGAAAAGGAUCUAAAAAUUUAUAAAUGGGAAUUGCUUGAAGAAGCUUUACAAAGAGUUCUAGGAAAGUAUUGUUUUGAUUUAUCUAAUGAUCAAACUGCUGGUUUAAUGAGAUAA